CCUGUAAACCAAGCACGGAGGCCCUCCUCGCUCUAUCGCUUCCCUUUCUUUCUACAAUAAAAAUAGAAAAAAAAUCAAUAAGAGAAGGAAGUGCAAAAUGGCAGGAGGAGCAAUUGUCAGCACGAGCAACAAGCAAUACGGAGGCAAGAUGACCAGCUUCGUCCUCUUGGCAUGCAUCAUGGCUUCCUCCGGCGGUCUCAUUUUCGGCUACGACAUUGGAAUCUCCGGCGGUGUGACCUCCAUGGACUCGUUCCUCGAGAAAUUCUUCCCCUCCGUCUACGCUAAGCAGCAAGCCGACUCGAGCACCAGCCAGUACUGCAAGUUCGACAGCGAGCUGCUGACUCUCUUCACCUCGUCGCUCUACGUCGCGGCGCUCAUCGCGUCGUUCGUGGCGUCGUCGGUGACGAGGGUCAGCGGGAGGAAGUGGUCCAUGCUCAUCGGAGGGGUAACGUUUUUGGCCGGCUCCGCACUCAACGGUGCCGCGGUGAAUGUUCUCAUGCUUAUUCUCGGCCGCGUUCUCCUCGGCAUCGGAAUCGGGUUCGCAAAUCAGUCUGUUCCGGUCUACCUCUCUGAGAUGGCGCCGGCCAACCUCCGCGGCACGCUCAACAUCGGCUUCCAGUUCAUGAUCACCAUCGGAAUCUUCGGCGCCAACCUCAUCAACUACGGGACCGCGUCGAUCAAAGGCGGGUGGGGGUGGCGCGUCAGCCUCGGGCUCGCAGCGGUCCCGGCCAUCAUCAUGAGCGUCGGGGCGUUCAUCUUGCCGGACACGCCCAACUCGCUCAUCGAGCGCGGCUACGGCGAGGAGGCCAGGCAAAUGCUCCAGAAGAUCCGCGGCACUGACGACGUGCAGGAGGAGUACGAGGACUUGGUCGCCGCCAGCGAAGAGGCGAAGACCAUCAAAAGCCCCUGGGCCAACAUACUGCAGAGCAAGUACCGACCCCAGCUCACCAUGGCCAUCCUCAUCCCCUUCUUCCAGCAGCUCACUGGCAUCAACGUCAUCAUGUUCUACGCUCCGGUGCUCUUCAAGACCAUCGGCUUCGGCGGCGAAGCCUCCCUGGCUUCCGCAGUCAUCACCGGCAUCGUCAACGUGUUCGCCACCUGCGUGUCCAUCGCCACCGUCGACAGGCUCGGACGCCGGGCCCUCUUCUUACAGGGAGGCGCGCAGAUGUUCAUCUCUCAGAUUGUGGUCGGCACUCUGAUCGCGCUCAAGUUCGGUGUCUCCGGAGAGGCCACGGAGCUGUCGAAGGGCUACGCCAGCUUCAUCGUGCUGUUCAUCUGCGUUUACGUGGCGGCCUUCGCGUGGUCAUGGGGCCCUCUCGGGUGGCUGGUGCCGAGCGAGAUCUUCCCCCUGGAAAUCCGAUCGGCCGGGCAGAGCAUCACGGUGUCGGUCAACAUGUUCUUCACCUUCGUAAUCGCGCAGGUCUUCCUCCUCGCUCUGUGCCACUUGAAGUUCGGUCUCUUCUACUUCUUCGCCGGCUGGGUGGUCAUCAUGACCGCCUUCAUCUACUUCUUCCUCCCCGAAACCAAGAACGUCCCCAUCGAAGAGAUCAUCUUGGUCUGGAAAAGGCACUGGUUCUGGGGCAAAUUCAUCGCCGACGAAGACAUCCAUGUAGGCAACCACAUGCACAAGGACACCAGCGCAUGAACAACAAACAACAAAGAAGAAGAAAAGGAAAACGUUGAUCCAACAUUUGGGUUGGAAGUGAGAGGUUGAGUUGUUAGUUCUGUUGAAUGUGCUAAUUGGAAGAUCUAAUGAUAGGGGGAUUUUGAUUUUUUCUGACCCAUGUGGCUAUUUUAAACUCCAAGUAAAAAAUGUAAUAUUGAUACGGGUUGAAUCGGACGGUUCCGAUGAUG